UUUCUUUAAUCUGGAAGCACCCUUCUGGAUCCGAUGAUCACAGGGCAGCUGAGCAAACCGCUGCUCCCUCUGCGUGCCGAUAUGGACGCCUGCGAGCUGCGGGAUGACGACAAAGCGGCCAGCCCGGACAGCGAGCUCAACGAGGAGCCCUUGCUGCUGUCAACUGACACAGACUCGGAGGAGAAGAUGUAUGGUGGUCGAGUUGGCUCAGUUCAGUCUGAUGCCAGCAGCAGUCCCACAGAACUUGGUCAUAUGGGCCAAUCUCACCCCACCUACCAUGUAGGACCACAGUCUCUGCUGGUUGCUCAGCAGCUGGCGUCAGCGGUUAGUGGAGUGAUGUCCGGUGGAGCUCCUGGUCUGAACCAGCCCAUUCUGAUCCCCUUUAAUGCUGGUGGGCAUCUGGGUGGGCAGCAGGGCCUGGUUCUCUCUCUGCCCACUGCUGCCAACAUACAGGGCCUGGUGGCAGCCGCUGCUGCUGGUGGCAUCAUGACGCUCCCCCUACAGAAUCUGCAAGCUACCUCAUCCUUAAGCUCUCAGCUCCAGCAUCUUCAACAACUCCAACAGCUACAGCAUCACCAGCAACAGCAUCAUCAUCAACAACAACAGCAGCAGCAGCAACAACAACAACAACAACAGCAGCAGCGAGAACGAGAGCAGCGUGAAAGAGACCAACAACAAAGAGAACGUGAACGAGAGCAGCACCAACGGCUCUGCGGUCCAACGCAUCUCCAGCCACCCAGCCAUCAUCAGCUCACUCCUCCGAUUCAAUCACAAGUCUCUGGACCUUCUCCGGGCUCCACCUGUACCUCCUCCAAUCAUAGCUCAGCCCAUCCUCCCCAGUCUCCGCCCCCUCACAGGCAAAACCAAUCACCAGCUCGCAGCUUGCCGUCACCUGUCACACCUCCUCUGCCACUACAG